CUAAGCCACCACCACUAACAGUAAAACGCAAAAAAAAAGUGAAGUAAACAAAACCGAAUCCUUUGAAGAAAUCAGCGCAAAUCUUAAGAUAUGAGCAAUAGCGAGGACUCGCAGCAGUAUCUGAACGACAUGCUGGUCAAGGAGGAGGACGAGGCCUCCGGUGACGAAUCGGACAAACAGGAUGGGGGGAUUAUGCUGCGCGAACAGGACCGCUUCCUGCCCAUCUGCAACAUCAUCAAGAUCAUGAAGGUGCCGGUGCCGCAGAACGGCAAGAUUGCCAAGGACGCGCGGGAGUGCAUCCAGGAGUGCGUCUCCGAGUUCAUAUCCUUCAUCAGCAGCGAGGCCAUCGAACGCAGCGUGGCUGAGAAUCGCAAGACGGUCAACGGGGACGACCUGCUGGUGGCCUUCAGCAAUCUGGGAUUCGACAACUACGUGGAACCACUGUCCAUCUACCUGCAAAAGUACCGAGAGUCAAAUAAAUCGGAUCGCAAUCUCUUCCUGGACGCCGGCUACCCGCAUAACGAAGACGGAUCUUCCGCGAACGAGGCGGGAAAGCAGUAGCCUCAGGCUCGCCAACAUUGGCAGUUCAUCUUCCCAACGUAGUUUUGGCAUUAAAUUAGAUUCUUAGGAUAAUUUAAAGCGUUUCUUUAUAUACCGAAGUACUAAUCUUUUUUAAUUCCUCUUACUAGCUUUUAAAGUAUAAUAUCUAAAUCCCCUCCUUUUUAUUAAUAUUUGUUUAAUCUUUACAUCAUCUUUGAAUAUUUUGGAACAAAGUUAGAAAAUUAGCUUUUAAGUAAACACUUUCCCGCCAAAACUAUCAAUUAGUGUUUAAGUAAUAUAUGUCAUCUUUUUUUUUACAAUUUGUAACUCUGCACUCUCCCCAACAUUUAGUCAAACUCAAGUUAUAAGGUAUACAUAUUUGUAAGAUUAAUGGAUAUAAAAUGUGACAGAUACGAAAUAAGAAAAAUUACCCAUAAUAUAACCAAAAAUAUCCAAAUCAGAUAUCACUUUUCAGUGUUCAUAAACAAUACUUUUGAAAA